AUGGGACAUCACGGACUGUCAUGCCAAAAAGGUGCAGGCCGCUUCUCAAGACAUGCCGCACUUAACGAUAACAUACGCCGGUCUCUUGCCACCGUCAACGUGCCAAGUCUACUAGAACCGACUGGUAUUGCAAGAGAUGAUGGCAAGAGACCGGACGGUAUGACUUUGAUUCUAUGGAAGAUGGGUCGGGUGGUGACAAUGGCAACGCAGAAAGCAGAAGAGACCUACAAAUCUAUAGACCAGCUGUACGCGGGUAAAUCAGUGUUUGUCACUGGGGGAACAGGAUUCUUAGGGAAGGUGUUCCUGGAGAAGCUAUUAUAUAGUUGCCCGAACAUUGACAAGAUAUAUGUUCUGAUGCGUGAAAAGAACAAAUGGGAUACGACUGAACGUAUUAAACAAAUGUUGGAUCUUCCGAUGUUCCAAAGGCUAAAGAGAGAAAGACCUGAUGAUCUCAAGAAAAUUAUAGCCAUACCUGGAAAUGUAACUUCACCGAAUCUUGGUAUCAGCGAGGAAAAUAAAAUUGUGUUGAUAAAAAAGGUGUCCCACGUGUUUCAUUUCGCAGCUAACAUAAAGUUCAAUGAACCUUUGCGAGUUGCUGUUAACGAUAACGUCGAAGGAACUAGAAGAGUUUUAAAUUUGUGUCAUCUUAUGAAGAAUAUAGAAGUGUUCGUAUAUGUAUCAACCGCUUUCUCAAACACCGAUCAAAAAGUUCUCGAGGAAGUUGUGUACCCACCUCCUGCGUCCGUUGAAGAUGUGAUAAGGUUAACUGAACAAGACGAUCUUAACGAGGAACAAUCUAAUAAAUUAUUAUGUGGCAGACCUAACACAUAUACAUUUGCCAAGGCGCUUGCAGAAGCCGUAGUGAACGAGGAACAUGGCAACAUUCCAACCAUUAUCGUCAGACCAUCUAUUGUUUCUGCAAGUAUAAAUGAUCCACUAAUGGGAUGGGUGGAUAACUGGUUUGGUGCGACAGCUCUUAUGGCCACUAUUGCGAAAGGUGUUAACCGAAUAUUGAUCAGCAAGAGCAGUAACGUUGUUGAUCUCAUCCCAGUUGACUACGUAUCGAAUUUGACCGUUGUUGCGGGAGCAAAAUGUAACAAAUCGAAGGAAGUAAUAGUGUACAACUGCUGCACCAGCGCCGCGAAUCCUUUGACAAUGGGUGAACUCUCCGUACUUAUAACUGAGGAUAGCAUCAAAAAUAAUUUCAGUGAGAUAAUGAAACCAUCACUGAUGUACACCCAGUACGAGUGGCUGUUGAAAAUAAUAACGUUGUUUAUGCAGACGAUACCUGCCUUUGUCGCUGACUGCUGGUUACGAUUAGCAGGAAAACCUCCAAGGUUCAUGAAGAUGCAGACGAGAAUAUCGUUAGUUCGCGAUACUCUACAAUAUUUCACUUCACGGUCCUGGGAGAUGAAAUGUGAUCGUACAAGAGCACUGUUCGCAUCUCUCUCGGUUACAGAUCGACUAGAAUUUCCCUUCGACCCAACGAAUAUUACAUGGUCUAAGUAUAUACCUAUAUACUUUAUGGGUAUUAGAAAAUUUAUGUACAAACAAGACUGAAAUGUAAGUUUUAAUGCA